CAAAAGUUUACAGAGGUUGUGUUUUAGACAUCUCAAAGAUGAUUUUAGGAUUUAUGUGCUGUCUGGGUCUACGGAGGGUAUUAAAUAUUGAUAAAAGAUUACAUGCAGAAGGAUCUACCUGUUACAGGCUACGUAUUGCAGACAGGUAUGCAGGCAAAAUAUCCAUGGCUAAUGCACAGGCGGGGGUAGAACCGUUAAGGGUGGAAAGCGAGACAUAUAUAAAGGUAGAAUGGUGAAAAAUUAACACAACAGUCGACAAUAUUUCACCAAGCUGGAAACUGGCCCUUUGAAAGAUCCUCAUUUCGUAGGAAGCUUCGAACUAGUCAGCUAGAACAUAAAAUGAAUCAAUUAGUGCUGAUAUUAGCCUUAACUGGUGUGGUGCUUGGUGGAACAAUUGUUCAACCAUCCGAAAAUUUGAAACAACAGAAACGCGAAGUGGCAGUAACAUCGGCUACUUCUGGUGGAAACCAGUUACAGUCAUCCCAAUAUUAUUAUCCUACAUAUCCUGAAUAUACUGAGCCAGGAUAUGCAGUUCAAUCUGGAUACGAAGGAUACCUGGUGCCAGCAGUCCCGACGAAGGAUUCACAAAGCAGCAGAUGGACUUCGGUUAUAAUGUCGAACUUGAUCCCUAUUUCCAGGUUCGCCCUGAGUUAUGGGACCCGUGCUGGUUACUAUAUUCUUAAUUUAUUAUUGCUGCUCCUUGUCGGCGGUGCGUUCACCACGUCCAUCUGCACCUUCACACCCUUCUGUACUAUCACUUUCUUAGGACUAGGACUCAGUAAGAAUGAGGUUAGGGAACAGGUCAAGGAAUUGGCUAGGAAUUAUAUUACACCUGAGAGGGUCAGUUUGGCUACCUCCAUGGUAAAAAGGGCUAUUGACAAAUAUGCUGCUCUUCAGAGAACUCAGGAUACCGAGGAUGAGAAAAAAGAAGAAAAGAAGGAUACUUCCACUGAAAAGGAAUAGUAAUUAAUUUUCAUUACGGUGGUUCCUUGAAUAUGCAAAUAGACUAAACAUUAUUUUACAAUCGAUGAGGUUAGAUUUUAGAGAACAAAGAAACAUUUUUAUUUAAGUACACC